AUACGUACUGUACUAUGCAUGGCUGAGACAAAGGUGGGCGGGCCGUGUUGAUAUGACAGCAGGCCUGAUAUGCGGUGCUGAUAGAAGCUGCAUACGGAACGCGCAGGUAAAAAACCGCGUCCCCCCGCGACGCCGCUUCCUCUUGUCCUCCUGCCUGAUUGGUCCGAUACUCCGAUGCCGUCGCGCUCGCUCCGUGUCGCCGUCAUCGGCGCCGGGGCCGCCGGUCUGGUGGCGGCGCGCGAGCUGCGACGCGAAGGCCACGCCCCCGUCGUGUUCGAGCGCACGGACGGCGUGGGCGGCACCUGGGUCUACGAAGCCGACGCCGACGCGUCCGCCUCGCCGGAGCCGCCCGGUGGCCCCCGGCGGCGCUCGAACCUCUACGCGUCCCUCCGCACCAACCUCCCGCGCGAGUCCAUGGGCUUCCUCGACUUCCCCUUCGUGGCCGGCGCCGACUGCGACAUCCGCAGGUUCCCCGGCCACGCGGAGGUGCUCCGGUACCUCCAGAGCUUCGCGCGGCGGUUCGACCUCCACGGCCUCGUCCGGCUGGAGACGGAGGUGGUCCGGGUGAGCAGGGAGGCGAGCGGGGCCAGCUGGCGCGUCAGGUACACGAGGAAGGCGUCCGGCGGCGAGAAGCGCGAAGCGGAGGAGGAGGUGUUCGACGCCGUCGUCGUCUGCAACGGCCACUACUCCCAGCCGCACUUCGCCGACGUCGCCGUUUGCUCUGCUGCCGCAGGCGUGGAUGCUUGGCCCGGGAAGCAGCUGCACAGCACCAGCUACCGCGUGCCGGAGCCAUUCCACGGCCAGGUUGUCGUGGUGAUAGGGUGUGGACCGAGUGGCACGGACAUCUCGAGGGACAUCGCUGGCGUCGCCAAAGAGGUCCAUCUCGCCAGUAGAUCGGCGUUUGCUGCUACCAGCGACAAGCUGCCUGGACAUGCUAAUAUGUGGCUUCAUUCCGAGAUCGAGUGUGUUCAGGAAGACGGGAGUGUGGUCUUCCACGACGGCAGCCGCGUCAAAGCGGAUGUCAUCAUGCAUUGCACCGGAUACAAGUACAACAUCCCAUUCCUCAACAGUGAUGCAACCGUCUCCGUGGACGGCAAUUGUGUCGAGCCACUGUACAAGCAUGUGUUCCCUCCAAAGGCUGCUCCUCAACUCUCCUUCAUCGGUUUGCCUUUAAAGGACAUGGUGUUUUGGGACAUGUAUCCAGGCGACUAUUAAAUUUGAGCCAUCGGUAAGGACUUUGAGAUCCGCCGGUAAUAUAGUGUAGAACUAAAUACAUGACAUAUACGAAGUGUCGAAGUGUGUACACCAUCAAUAUACCGGUUCUAGUACAGACACAUCAUCGAUCUCCAAUGAAUGGUUGGUCCAGAAUUACACCUCGCUCGUCACCAUGUCCCAUAGUGCAUCUCGACCUUUAUAACACUUCUACAUAAAAACGAAAAACGAAUACAAUGCUGGUCUCGGCUAUGAGCUUAAAUGCAUGAAUCUGUGGAGAUGAGUGACAAUGGUUGUUGAAUAGUCAAGUAGAAGUUGUUCUCUCCAUAGUUUCACUUUACGGAUUUGCUAAUUUUCAUAUGGGUAUGAAAGAAUUGUUUUUCCACUCGUGAUUCUAUAUGGCAGUUGUUCUUAAGACAAAAUAUAUCCAGAACUUCAGAUGUUUUUCUUUGGGGAAGAGUUGGCGUCAAUGCACGAGAAAUUGCUCACGUGGUAAUAUGUGGCUAUAGGCAUGGCCUUCGUACCAUUAGAUGAAAGGAAUUUGAAUCAAGUUACAUUAGAUCGAGAAUCCAAGAUCUUGUGAUCAUGUCUCUUUAGAGCUUUCUCCUUGUAUUCCUUUAGUGUAACACAUUUGACUUUAGCCCUUACUGUUAAUAAAGAAUUUUUCUUGUUCA